GAGGAGGUGGGACUUCUGGCUGGUACAGUAGCGGAAUUGGCCAACCGCCAGCGUGCAUCACUGUUCAGGCCACAGAGUCUGCAGCUGCAAAAAUGUCCAUAUUGUGUCUGCAUUCACAAGUACAGCUUUUAGUUACUCCAUAGCUGCACUCUCAAAAGGAAAACAACAUUUUAGCAGUUACUGCUAUCGCUAGCUCCAACAUAAGGUGAAGAAGCUUUAAUGUGACAGCUGACAGACUGAGAGGAAUGGCAGGAGAAACCAUGGGGUCUGAUUAGGCUGGCUGUGUGUUGGAGGUUCACAGUGUGGAAAUAAUGUCGUGCAGUAACAGAGAGCUGGUGGAGUUCUUUAUAAGCUACAAACUUUCUCAGAGGAACUACCCAACCUCCUUGCUGAGACCCGAGGAUGCUGGUGGAAGGACUGAGGGAGACAAGGCCAACUUAGCUGCCGGUAACGGCUCGCUGGUCAACAGCAGGAACGGGGCUGGCCAGCCGGUGACGUCGUCAUCCCCGCGUGCUGCCAUAGAGGCUGUAAAAGCAGCUCUUCGGGACUCAGCAAAUGAGUUUGAAUUGCUCUUCACGCAAGCGUUUAGUGACCUUUCCUCGCAGCUUGACAUCACUCCUGACACAGCCUACCACAGUUUUAAGAGCGUGAUGGACGAGGUGUUCAAGGAUGGAGUCAACUGGGGACGUAUAGUGGGCCUGUUUGCCUUUGGUGGUGUACUGUGUGUGGAAUGCGUGGAGAAGGAUAUGAGCGAGCUGGUUUCCCGCAUCGCAGACUGGAUGACCAUGUAUCUGGAUGAGCACAUCAGUCCGUGGAUCCAGAGCCAAGGAGGAUGGGACUGCUUUGCUGAGGUUUUCGGGAAAGACGCCGCUGCAGAAGCGAGGAGAUCUCGGGAGACUCUGAGUAGGUGGCUGCUAGUUGGAGUGGCGCUGCUAAUGGGAGUAGUGGUCGGUGUGUUCAUCGCUAAGAAACGGUGAAGGUGCAGCAUCUCGUUCACCAUGGCACACCAUGUGUAUUGAUACGCCAACAAAAAUAAAACUAAAUAGUUAAUGUUUACAAAAAGCCCAGUCUGCUUGUGCACUGACAGAAUGUGGAUUGGCCAAAGCAGUUUGUGGGAGUAUCCAUAAUAUGUAGCUUGGUGAGCUGUUACACCUCUCACCCAUGCUUUGUCCUGUGUCUUUUAUUUUUUUAACACACAGCAGAGAUUUUCAGUUGUUAAAGGGUGUUACUCUCCAGACUGGAAGUGCUUUAAAAGAACCUGAUAAGCUAAGAGACAGUGAAACUGAUUCAGCUGGUUUGAUGAGAUUGCUUAUUUUUAAUUUUUCCUUUGUGCAUUACCCGAUGACCAUUUUUUUACUACUUACAAACUGACAGCUGACAGAAAACAUAAGUUAUAUUUCCUUUUCACUGUGUAAUGCUCAGCUCCUUUUGUUGGCUUAACUGGAGUUUUAGGCAUGCUUCAAAAAAUAAAUAUAUUUAUGUUU